GGAGGAGAGAGUUUCGACUUGUCACUCACCAUUCCGGAGUCCAACAACCACGCGGCCUACAUGAGUGACCAGCCUCCCUACGCCAACUACGGCACCGAGGAGAACUACGGUGACCUCCAAGGCUUGACCUCCACCCUCCCCCAGCCGGAGGCAGACACAACCUCCGCCGCCCACAACCACGCCCAUCACCAGCAGACCAUGUAUCAGCAUCAGAUGGGCGUGGGCGGCAAUAUGGUUCACGCCAACCCACAAUUUCCGCCCCAGAACCUCUACAUCCCACCCAUCUCCCAGCCAGGCAACAUGGGACCUGUCCAGACCACCGGGUACAUGGCCCACCCCGGGUGCGGCCCGCCCACCCCCGUCUACACCAGCGCCAGCGUGGCCAUGCACGGAGCCGGGCCCCCCCAGGCGCCCCACAUGAUGUCGGGCGUCGGGGGCAUGAUGGGGUAUUACCCACGCCCGCAGAUGGUUCGCAGCGGCGGUUCGCCCAACUCAGGUGGUUCCCCGUCCCCAGGAAGUGAUGACUCCGACGACUCGACGCCUCUGGCACAGAUGGGUCGCGGGAAGCGGCCGUCGUCGGAGAGCACCGAGGGGCCGGCCCGAGGCAAGAAGCCCAAGGUGUCCAAGAAAAGCAAGAAGAAAAGGGACCCCAAUGAGCCGCAAAAGCCUGUGUCCGCUUACGCUUUGUUCUUCCGGGACACCCAGGCCGCCAUCAAAGGCUCCAACCCCAAUGCGUCCUUCGGGGAGGUGUCCAAGAUCGUCGCCUCCAUGUGGGACUCGCUGGACGCCGACCACAAGAACGUGUACAAGAAGAAAACCGAAGCGGCCAAGAAGGAAUACCUCAAAGCUCUCGCAGCAUAUCGCGCCAGUUUAGUCUCGAAGGGUGGUGAGGGUGAAGGGGUGUAUGGAGCUCCUGGGUAUGGCCAGUUUGCCCCUGGGUUUGGCUACCCUCCCACUACUAGCGCCCCUGGCCACCCCCAGGUUCAGUCCUCCACACAGAUGUCACCACUGGCCAAGAAGUCUCCUCUACUCUCCUCACUCAUGGCCGACCCUCCCCCACCCAUGAUGACCCCUCCCAUGUCACAGCCCAUGCCACCUUCUGGCCCACCUAUGAUGCCCCAUGGUUCUAUGCCACCCAUGUCAGCAGCCAGCAUGGCUCCCCAGGCUCAGCAGGGCCCACAGGCCGCCCACCAGCCGCCUACACCACAGUCCCACCUGACGCCCAUGACCAACGUACCUACCACCUCUCCCUACAUGAAUCAGCAAGCACCUGGCUCCAUGACGAGUCCUGGUGGCGGCGGCUCACCAGGUAGUCGAAGUGGGCAGGGUUCAGGUGGACAACAGCAGGGCCAGCAGGGACAUGUUGGCUGCCCAACCUCUGGUCCAAACUGCAUCAGGUCCGGGUGCACAAACCCAGCUGUACACAACCCAGAAUGGGAAGAUGAGUACUGCUCCAAUGAAUGUGUUGUGUCUCAUUGCAGAGAUGUUUUCAGCACCUGGGUAGCAGGCAACCACCAUCAGCCAAAUACUCCAACUUAUCCUGCACCAGUCAAAUAAGCUCACAGAUGAGCUCCUAGAUAAAUAAGAGGGCUCUAUGUGGGUUAAGACACAGAGAUGGUACCUGCAACUUUAUUUUAACAAGUUAAAGGAAUGUCUUGUGUGAAUAUAUGGACACUGAUUGAUCUGGUGAAGAAAUCCAAGAUACACAUGGCUGCUGUGUAAGGCUGUAAUUGUGAAAAUGUUUUGUGGUACCUCUUCUUCCCCCUAGAUGUUGGCAAAUGGGUGCUUGUGUUUAAAGUCAAGAUUUCUAAGCUGCUGUCAUUGCUGGAACUUCAAAAGAAGCAUCUUUCUCUCUGUUCCAACCUUCCUUGCUCUUUGUAGUAUCCCAAGUGUAUUAUUCAUACCCAUCUGAUUCUACUAUUCUUCUUCAAUCCUAGAUGAGAAGAGUUCCAGAACAAUUGUUUGCUGUGAAAGUGGGCAGCUGAUGAACAAGGCUGUGCUAGCAAUGCAAUGGCAUUAGCAGUUUUAUUGGACUGUAUUGGGUUCCAGAGGAGGCAUUCUCCUCUCUCCGACAUUGGGCAAAAAGAUUCGAAAUGCCCAUCAAGUGUAAAAUUUAAAUUUACUUUUAAGAAAACUUACAUCAACCUGACCAAAUGGAUGGAGGGGACCAAAACUUUGUCUUUUGAUUUGUUAGUUUUAUGCUUAGUACAAAGAACAAAUUGAAUUCACUGAACAAUAAGAUGGGUGAUUUAAAAGAAAUACAUUUAGAUCAUCUUGCUCACUUUCACAGCUUUUGGAACAAUAUUUUGAUCAUAAGGUUUAAGUAAUUCCAGCAGGAAAUCAUGUCUUAGGGAGCUGGGUUUGUAAAUAUUUGUGUUAAUUUUCUUGAUAAGGAGAGAAAAAAUAUGAUUACGAUUAUUAUAGAUAUAGUAACAUAUUUACAAUAUAAUUUGUAAAUAUUUCAACAAUAUGUACAAGUGAUUGGUGAUUUUCUCCUCAACGUGAUUCAGUUAUGAUCAGUUGAUUAUAUACGGUAUGUAUGUAUGUACAUGUAUCAUAGUAGAUUUGUUCAGAGGCUUAUUAUUUGAUUAGCAAGAAAAAAAAUCAUUAGAAAUGACCUAUUUGUCAAACUUGUAUCAAUUCCUUCCAUUACAGUUACAGGAGUGGAUGUCAAUAUCCUUAAACUUCCUGUGUCUGCAAUCCUUGCAUGCUAAGUGUAUGCAUAGCAAUAUCAUUUGGCAAUUCCCAGUUUUCACAUAUGUAUUUCAAGAGGUCAUCGGCCGAGUUUGUGUCGAGAGGACACUUUGCUCAAUCCUCAUUGUACAUAGCACUAAUAUUUGGAGGACUGACUGCCGUAUCCUCUUGGAAGUUAACAUAGAACUUUCAGAUAUUUACAUUCUGGAUACAGCCAAGAGGAGACAUAUGAUUUGCUUCUAUUUUCAAACUUUUUUCCUCAAUAAUAUUUUCCCUUGGGUGAAGCUUGAUGCAAAGUACUUCAUGAGAGCUGUCCUGUUUGGUGUAUAUUAUGGGGAAGUGGGAUGUAGAUGUGAGAGAAGUAAUGACCACUUACAAACUACCCGUCUUCACAUCAGGUUUUACCCAUGCUUGUAGCUCUUAGAAAAUCCUUCAGUCCUAGAAUAAAAUAAAGUCAGUGUUUGCCCUUCUUAUAUAGCUAUAAUAAAUAUGUUGAUUAAAUACUGUGCUUAAUGAGACAGGCAGAGACUCCACCACAGGGUUGAAUCCAACAUAACUUUUGUUUGUCACUAUUUCUAGUUUAAUAGAAUUAAUUGGUUUUUGUACUUAUAUGAACAAAUUCACAGUUGUUGUGGUUAAUGAACAAGACCUUUUGUGAACAACUUGAAUCAACUAUUGUUUCACACAACUUUUUGUACUAGAACAAUCCACUACAAAAUACUGCAGAAAGAACAAUACCCAAAUAAAGUGUUAAAAAAAAGAAGAAAAAAAUGCCUUUUACAUUGGUAACACUAAUGUGUUGCCUGUUCCAAAGUGGU